AUCGCUGUGGUUGGCAGUGGUCAGACCGGGUCAGGAGCAGUGAUUCUGGCGUGUUAUUGCGAUUGUGUUUGGGUUGCCAUAUAUUUCUGGAGGUUGUGAAUUAUUUUACUGUGAAAUAGAGAUAUAUUAUUGCCCAUGAUUUGUACAACUUGACCGCCCUGGGGCUAAGAAGUUUCUAUGGCAUCAGGACUGGAAAGUUACAUUAAUCGUACUGUAUCCAUCAUUACUUCUGACGGCAGAAACUUCGUCGGUACACUUAAAGGAUACGAUCAGACAAUCAAUCUUAUUUUGGACGAAAGUCACGAGAGAGUGUACAGUAGCACUCAGGGUGUUGAACAAGUCGUUUUGGGACUUCACAUUAUUCGUGGUGAUAAUGUGGCCAUUAUUGGAGAAAUAGACGAUGCUCUAGACAGUCGUUUGGAUUUGAGCAGCAUCCGUGCGGAACCUUUGAAUGCUGUUGUACAUUAAGGAAGUAUUUUUAUAAUUAAAUAAGCCAUCAUCAUGGCUCUUCCACCAUACCUAUUGGGACCCCAUCCAUGGGCCACUAUGAUGGCCCAACAGCAAGCACAUGCCCAAUUGGCUGCUGCUGCACAGGCUCAGGCACAUGCUCAGGCACAGGCUCAAGCCCAGGUUGCUCAUGUACAGGCAGCACAAGCUGCAGCACAUGCACAAGCUGCCCAUGCUGCAGCGCAGGCCCAUAUGCAGGCUCAAGUGCAUCAGGUGCACCACCAUCCAGGUCCUUUGGCACCUCCACAAAAGCAGCUGGAGAUCAUUACAGAAGAGAAGCUUCAAGAGAAAGCCCAAAAAUGGCAGCAGUUGCAGUCGAAAAGAUUUUCUGAAAAAAGGAAGUUUGGAUUUGUUGAUGCACAGAAAGAAGAUAUGCCACCUGAGCAUAUACGUAAAAUAAUAAGAGAUCAUGGUGAUAUGAGUAGCAGAAAAUAUCGGCAUGAUAAAAGAGUUUAUCUUGGAGCUCUGAAGUAUAUGCCACAUGCUGUGAUGAAACUUUUGGAGAAUAUGCCCAUGCCUUGGGAACAAAUCAGAGAUGUUAAAGUAUUGUAUCAUAUUACUGGAGCCAUAACAUUUGUGAAUGAAAUUCCAUGGGUGAUAGAACCUGUGUACAUUGCUCAGUGGGGGACAAUGUGGAUUAUGAUGCGUCGAGAAAAACGUGAUCGCAGGCAUUUUAAAAGAAUGAGAUUUCCUCCAUUUGAUGAUGAAGAACCUCCUUUGGAUUAUGCUGACAAUGUUCUUGAUGUUGAACCUCUGGAAGCUAUUCAGAUUGAGCUGGAUCCUGAUGAAGAUGCUUCGGUCAUAAAGUGGUUUUAUGACCAUAAACCACUUGUUGGUUCAAAGCAUAUCAAUGGAUCAACAUAUAGACGUUGGAAUCUUACACUUCCUCAGAUGGCUACAUUGUAUCGUUUAGCCAACCAACUUUUAACAGACUUGGUAGACUCUAAUUUCUUUUAUUUAUUUGACCACAAGUCCUUCUUCACAGCGAAGGCUUUAAAUAUGGCCAUUCCUGGGGGACCCAAGUUUGAACCCCUCAUUAAGGAUUCAAAUCCAGCGGAUGAAGACUGGAAUGAAUUUAAUGACAUUAAUAAAAUAAUAAUUAGACAACCAAUUAGAACUGAAUACAGGAUUGCUUUCCCUUAUUUGUAUAACAACAUGCCUCAUUAUGUCCAUCUUUCAUGGUAUCAUGCUCCAAAUGUAGUAUACAUCAAAACUGAGGAUCCUGAUUUGCCUGCGUUUUAUUUUGAUCCUCUUAUUAAUCCUAUUUCACAUCGCCAUUCAUUAAAGGCUGCUGAACCUUUGCCAGAUGAUGAUGAAGAAUUUGAGUUGCCAGAAGAAGUACAACCAUUUCUUCAGGAGACUCCUUUAUAUACUGACAACACUGCCAAUGGGAUUGCUUUACUGUGGGCACCCCGGCCUUUUAAUAUACGUUCUGGCCGAACAAGAAGAGCCAUUGAUGUGCCAUUGGUUAAAUCAUGGUAUCGAGAGCAUUGCCCGCCUGGUCAGCCAGUGAAAGUGAGAGUUAGUUAUCAGAAACUCUUAAAAUAUUUUGUCCUGAACGCUUUGAAACACAGGCCUCCAAAACCUCAGAAAAAGAGGUAUCUCUUCAGAUCAUUUAAGUCAACCAAGUUUUUUCAAACGACAACCCUAGAUUGGGUUGAAGCAGGUCUUCAAGUCUGUCGUCAAGGUUACAACAUGUUGAACCUCCUUAUUCAUCGUAAAAACUUGAAUUAUCUUCACUUGGAUUACAACUUCAACUUGAAACCUGUGAAAACUCUUACCACUAAAGAGAGAAAGAAAUCUAGAUUUGGAAACGCUUUCCAUCUAUGUCGUGAAAUACUUCGGCUUACAAAACUGAUUGUGGACUCCCAUGUUCAGUAUCGACUGAACAAUGUGGAUGCUUUCCAGUUAGCUGAUGGUAUUCAGUACAUCUUUGCCCAUGUGGGUCAACUUACUGGAAUGUACAGAUACAAGUAUAAACUGAUGAGACAAAUACGAAUGUGCAAGGAUUUGAAGCAUCUCAUCUAUUAUAGAUUCAAUACAGUACGUAACGUUUUGAAGUAUCUUCUUGAUUUAGAAGGUCCUGUUGGGAAAGGUCCAGGUUGUGGGUUUUGGGCUCCUGGAUGGAGAGUCUGGUUGUUCUUCAUGCGUGGAAUUACUCCUCUUUUGGAAAGAUGGUUGGGAAACCUUUUGUCUCGUCAAUUUGAGGGUAGACAUUCCAAAGGAGUUGCAAAAACUGUUACAAAGCAAAGAGUUGAAAGCCACUUUGAUUUGGAAUUGCGUGCAUCUGUGAUGCAUGAUAUUGUUGACAUGAUGCCUGAAGGUAUCAAGCAGAAUAAGGCAAGAACAAUUUUGCAGCAUUUAUCUGAAGCUUGGCGUUGCUGGAAAGCCAACAUUCCAUGGAAGGUUCCUGGAUUACCAACUCCCAUUGAAAAUAUGAUUUUACGAUAUGUGAAAAUGAAGGCAGAUUGGUGGACCAACACUGCUCACUACAACAGAGAAAGAAUUCGUAGAGGUGCAACUGUAGAUAAAACUGUCUGCAAGAAGAAUUUGGGCCGACUUACUAGGUUGUACUUAAAAGCUGAACAAGAAAGACAGCAUAAUUAUUUGAAGGAUGGUCCCUACAUUUCUCCAGAGGAAGCAGUAGCUAUUUACACUACUACAGUGCACUGGCUGGAGUCUCGUAGAUUUGCACCUAUUCCUUUCCCUCCAUUGUCUUAUAAGCAUGAUACUAAGUUGCUUAUUUUGUCUUUGGAGCGUUUGAAAGAAGCGUACAGUGUCAAGUCACGUCUAAAUCAAAGUCAGAGAGAGGAACUUGGUUUAAUUGAACAGGCCUAUGACAAUCCUCAUGAAGCCUUGUCGAGAAUUAAGCGUCAUCUCCUCACUCAGAGAGCUUUCAAGGAGGUGGGCAUUGAAUUUAUGGACUUAUAUAGUCACUUAGUACCUGUCUAUGAUGUAGAACCACUUGAAAAGAUCACGGAUGCUUAUUUGGAUCAGUAUUUGUGGUAUGAAGCAGAUAAAAGAAGAUUGUUUCCGCCAUGGGUGAAGCCUUCUGACACAGAGCCUCCACCAUUGUUAGUUUAUAAGUGGUGUCAAGGUAUAAAUAAUCUCCAAGACGUUUGGGAUGUCACUGAAGGAGAAUGCAAUGUCCUUUUGGAAUCAAAAUUUGAGAAAAUGUAUGAGAAAAUAGAUUUGACUCUUCUUAAUAGAUUGUUACGCUUGAUUGUUGACCAUAACAUUGCAGAUUACAUGACAGCAAAAAACAAUGUUGUCAUAAAUUACAAGGAUAUGAACCACACUAACAGCUAUGGGAUCAUUCGCGGUCUUCAAUUUGCUUCGUUUAUUGUGCAAUAUUAUGGAUUGGUGUUGGAUUUGUUGGUCCUUGGUUUGCAGCGUGCAUCAGAAAUGGCAGGUCCUCCUCAAAUGCCCAAUGAUUUUCUCACAUUCCAGGAUGUUGCCACAGAAACUGCACAUCCUAUCAGGCUUUUCUGCCGUUACGUUGACAGAAUUCACAUUUUCUUUAGAUUUUCUGCUGAUGAAGCUAGAGACCUUAUUCAGAGGUAUCUUACUGAACAUCCUGAUCCUAACAAUGAGAACAUUGUAGGUUACAACAACAAGAAAUGUUGGCCAAGAGAUGCAAGAAUGAGGCUAAUGAAGCAUGAUGUGAAUUUGGGCCGUGCUGUUUUCUGGGAUAUUAAGAACAGAUUACCCAGAUCCACUACAACUAUACAGUGGGAGAAUAGUUUUGUUAGUGUGUAUUCCAAAGAUAAUCCAAAUCUUUUAUUUAAUAUGAGUGGUUUUGAAUGUCGCAUUCUUCCCAAGUGUCGUACAACACAUGAAGAGUUUACCCAUAGAGAUGGUGUUUGGAAUUUACAAAAUGAAGUAACAAAGGAAAGAACUGCUCAAUGUUUCUUACGUGUUGAUGAAGAAUCACUGCAAAGGUUUCACAACAGAGUAAGGCAAAUUUUAAUGGCGAGUGGUUCUACAACAUUCACCAAAAUUGUGAAUAAAUGGAACACAGCCCUCAUUGGUCUCAUGACAUAUUUUCGAGAAGCUGUUGUUAAUACUCAAGAACUUCUCGAUUUGUUGGUUAAGUGUGAAAACAAAAUUCAGACUCGUAUCAAGAUUGGUUUAAAUUCAAAAAUGCCUUCAAGAUUUCCUCCUGUAGUAUUUUACACUCCAAAGGAAUUAGGAGGCUUGGGAAUGUUAUCAAUGGGCCACGUGUUGAUUCCUCAGUCUGAUCUGAGGUGGUCCAAACAAACUGAUGUUGGAAUCACUCAUUUCCGAUCCGGUAUGAGCCAUGAUGAAGAUCAACUCAUCCCAAACUUGUAUCGCUACAUCCAGCCGUGGGAAUCUGAAUUUAUUGAUUCUCAGAGAGUUUGGGCUGAGUAUGCUCUGAAAAAACAAGAAGCCAGUGCACAGAAUAGGAGGCUUACUUUGGAAGACCUGGAAGACAGUUGGGAUCGUGGCAUUCCUCGUAUUAAUACUUUGUUCCAGAAAGAUAGGCACACUUUGGCAUAUGAUAAGGGUUGGAGAAUACGAACUGAAUUCAAACAGUAUCAAGUAUUGAAGCAAAAUCCUUUCUGGUGGACUCACCAACGCCAUGACGGUAAACUUUGGAACUUAAAUAAUUACAGAACUGACAUGAUUCAGGCUUUGGGUGGUGUUGAAGGUAUUCUGGAGCACACACUCUUCAAAGGAACCUAUUUCCCUACCUGGGAGGGUUUGUUUUGGGAGAAGGCAUCUGGUUUUGAGGAAUCUAUGAAAUACAAGAAACUGACCAAUGCUCAGAGAUCAGGUUUGAAUCAAAUUCCCAACAGACGUUUCACUCUCUGGUGGUCACCUACCAUCAACAGAGCCAAUGUGUAUGUUGGUUUCCAGGUACAAUUGGAUUUGACUGGCAUCUUCAUGCAUGGCAAAAUCCCAACUUUGAAAAUCUCUUUGAUCCAAAUCUUCCGUGCUCAUUUGUGGCAAAAAGUGCACGAGUCAAUUGUCAUGGAUCUCUGUCAAGUAUUUGAUCAAGAACUGGAUGCUCUGGAAAUUGAAACUGUACAAAAAGAGACUAUUCAUCCUCGAAAGUCAUACAAAAUGAACUCAUCCUGUGCUGACAUACUUCUCUUUGCAGCUUAUAAAUGGAAUGUUUCACGACCUUCUCUUCUUGCUGAUUCCAAGGAUACAAUGGAUAACACAACAACGCAAAAAUACUGGAUAGAUGUUCAGUUGCGUUGGGGAGAUUAUGACUCUCAUGAUAUUGAGAGAUAUGCCAGAGCUAAGUUUCUGGACUACACCACAGACAACAUGUCAAUUUAUCCCUCUCCUACUGGCCUGCUUAUUGCCAUUGAUUUGGCAUAUAAUCUCCACAGUGCAUAUGGCAAUUGGUUCCCUGGAUGCAAACCUCUCAUCCAACAAGCAAUGGCUAAAAUCAUGAAGGCAAAUCCUGCCUUAUAUGUGCUGAGAGAGCGGAUCAGAAAAGCUUUGCAGUUGUACUCAUCAGAACCAACUGAACCUUACUUGUCCUCUCAAAAUUAUGGAGAAUUAUUUUCCAAUCAGAUCAUUUGGUUUGUUGAUGACACAAAUGUGUACAGAGUGACAAUUCACAAGACUUUUGAAGGUAACUUGACUACAAAGCCUAUAAAUGGAGCUAUUUUCAUUUUCAACCCUCGAACUGGACAACUCUUCCUGAAGAUCAUUCAUACUUCUGUGUGGGCUGGUCAGAAACGUCUAGGUCAGUUAGCCAAAUGGAAAACUGCAGAGGAAGUAGCAGCCUUGAUUAGAUCUCUUCCAGUAGAAGAACAGCCAAAACAAAUAAUUGUUACCCGAAAGGGUAUGUUAGAUCCUCUCGAGGUACAUUUGUUGGACUUCCCUAACAUUGUCAUCAAGGGUUCAGAAUUGCAGUUGCCAUUCCAAGCAUGCCUUAAAGUAGAGAAAUUUGGUGAUCUCAUCUUGAAGGCUACUGAGCCUCAGAUGGUCUUGUUCAAUUUGUACGACGAUUGGCUGAAAACAAUAUCAUCUUACACAGCAUUUUCACGCCUUAUACUCAUUUUGAGAGCCUUGCACGUUAACACGGAACGUACAAAAGUCAUCUUGAAACCUGAUAAAACCACAAUCACUGAACCACAUCAUAUCUGGCCAACUUUAAGUGAUGAAGAGUGGAUUAAAGUUGAAGUUCAACUUAAAGAUUUGAUUUUGGCUGAUUACGGCAAGAAAAAUAAUGUCAAUGUUGCAUCAUUAACACAGUCUGAAAUUCGUGACAUAAUUCUUGGUAUGGAGAUCAGUGCACCAUCUGCUCAAAGACAACAGAUUGCAGAAAUUGAGAAACAGACCAAGGAACAAAGCCAACUUACAGCUACAACUACUCGUACUGUCAAUAAGCAUGGUGAUGAAAUUAUUACUUCGACUACUUCUAAUUAUGAGACUCAGACUUUCAGUUCGAAGACGGAGUGGCGUGUUAGAGCAAUUUCUGCAACUAAUCUUCAUCUGCGCACUAAUCAUAUUUAUGUGUCUUCUGAUGACAUCAAAGAGACUGGUUAUACCUACAUCUUGCCCAAGAAUGUUCUUAAGAAAUUUGUUACAAUCUCAGAUCUUAGAGCACAGAUUGCUGGAUACUUGUAUGGCAUCAGUCCUCCGGAUAACCCACAGGUGAAGGAAAUCAGGUGCAUUGUAAUGGCACCUCAGUGGGGUACUCACCAAACUGUCCACCUUCCAAACCAGUUGCCUCAGCAUCAGUACCUGAAGGAAAUGGAACCACUGGGCUGGAUUCAUACACAGCCUAAUGAACUGCCUCAGCUUUCUCCUCAAGAUAUCACUACCCAUGCAAAAGUAAUGGCUGAUAAUACCUCUUGGGACGGAGAGAAAACUAUCAUCAUUACUUGCAGUUUUACCCCUGGAUCAUGUUCUCUAACAGCCUACAAACUUACUCCUAGUGGUUUUGAAUGGGGCAGACAAAACACAGAUAAAGGUAAUAAUCCUAAAGGUUAUCUGCCUAGUCACUAUGAGAAAGUUCAGAUGCUUCUUUCUGACAGAUUCCUUGGCUUUUUUAUGGUUCCUACUCAAGGUUCUUGGAAUUACAACUUUAUGGGUGUUCGACAUGAUCCUAAUAUGAAAUAUGAGCUGCAGUUGGCUAAUCCAAAAGAAUUUUAUCAUGAAGUCCAUAGGCCAGCUCAUUUCUUAAAUUUCUCAUCUCUGGAAGAUGGUGAUGGAGUUGGUGCAGAUAGGGAGGAUGUGUAUGCAUAAAAUGGUUUUCAGAGUAAACCUUCUCUUUUGUAAAAAUUGUUUCCUACUCUACCACUUAAGUUUUUAAUUCUCCUUUUUUAAAGAGGUUCUGCAGCAAGAUUUUAUCAGUAUUUUAUGUUUUCCAUUAAGAUAAAAUAUGUUUAUGUAUUGUUCAGUUCUCAUGGUUUGUGGUAAACUGCCUUCUACAUUGAAAAUCACUGAUCAAAGUUUAUUUAUAAGAUGUCAUAAACACCUGAAAUUACUUUUGCUGAUAAAACAAGCUGUGGAGAUGUAUAUUCCAAGAAAAAUAUUAGAAUAAACGUUUUGUAAUAUGUACUGUGUGCUUUAUUCACCUUACUUAAUGCUUAAAGAAGAAGCAAUUGUCUACGUAAACAAAAACAUUUUAACAAAUUUGCUUCUAGAACUCCGUAUUAUUGCUGUUGUUAUUGAAGAAAACGCUGAUUACCUUCUUUCAUAACUACUGAAGUCCUUUAAAGAAGCAAUUUGCUGACCUGGGUAGCAGUUCAUUACAGAGGGCAUGCUGUAAUGGAC